GGAACAGCACUACAUGGCCUUGUGCUCGUUGUCGCCGAUUUGCAGCAACCACUGGAUCAAACUGAAUUGACAAGACAAAACAAUUUGCCCACAAGUGACUGAAGCAAGGCCAUAGACUGCCGCAGGGAGACUGAGCUACUAUACCUUUAAGGGGUCACGUGAUGACAAAGGAGGAAACCCAAAACGCCAUGGAGGAAGCAGGAAGUUCGUGCACCAGAAAAGACAGCUUGAGCACGUAAACAAUAGACAAAGAGCAGAACAGAACAGAACAGUCGUCUAAGAGAAAAUUUCACAUAUUUGUCGAAAUGGCUGGCAUUAAAGCAUUAGUUGGUUUGUCCUUUAGUGGUGCUAUUGGACUGACAUUUCUUCUGCUGGGCUGUGCACUGGAACAGUAUGGGGUAUACUGGCCGCUGUUUGUAAUCAUUUUCUAUGUCCUGAGCCCCAUCCCGACCUUCAUAUCCAGACGCCUCAGUGAUGACACCGAUUCCUCCAGCAAUGCAUGCAGAGAGUUGGCCUACUUCUUAACAACUGGCAUUGUUGUAUCAGCCUUUGGGCUCCCUGUUAUCCUAGCCCGCAAGACUACAAUCGCCUGGGGUGCCUGUGGUCUAGUGAUGACAGGAAACGCUGUCAUCUUCCUCACUAUCUUUGGCUUUUUUGUUGUGUUUGGAGGCGGUGAUGACUUCAGUUGGGAGCAGUGGUAAAGUGUCUUUGGAGAGUGGACAGACAGAAGGAGAAAUGGAUAGAUGGGUGAGUGGGGAGGUGGAUAGUUGAAUGGAUUAACUGCAGACGGAGUGACAUCUGUGUCCUGCACUCAAACAACAUGUACAGUAAAGGCUGCAAAAUACCAGUUUUACUGAGCAUGUUAUCACAUCAAUUUUUUUUUGUACAGGAGGGAUUAUUGUUGGAGAGAACCCCAUUUAUCCUGUUAAUGUGCCUUGUGUGUGGGACCAAACAUACACUGAUGUCUGUACCCCUCUCAUGCUAUAACCCUAUCACUAGCCACCUUAACCCACAUAUGUUAGCUUGUCUUGCAUUUGUUUCAACCCCCAAAUUACCCUUUGUAUUAGCUGUCUGUUUUUUCAUUAUUCUUCUGGUAAUCAAUAUCAUAAAGAGAUCCUAAACAGUAAUUCUAAGUGGCUAUAUAGAUUUAUGGCUGGCUUAUUAUGAGCACUGUUGCUGUUUAAAAUAUAAAGGCAGGGCAAGUUAUCUUAAAUCAUGCUAUCUGACAAAUAGUUGUAGGACUUCUAAUCAGGUAAAAAGUAUAUAUAUUUGUAUGGAAAUGUGUAUUUUUGUUGUCAAGACCUUAGAGCCUUACCUUUUGUUCUGGUGCACUUGUUUACAUUCUCACCAAAGAUCAUUUUAAACCACAAAAAUGGGGCAUAUUCACCACUGAGCUGUGGUUUUGAUCUGUGCUAUGCAACAUCAGAAUCCUCAAAAGCCAGCACAGGCAUUUGAGAUAGCGCUGUUUAGUGUAUAUCAUACAUAUAUCUAUUAUUGUGUGCAUAGUCCAGCCAACAUACCUAUAUUUGUUUUAUUCUCUGGAGAUGGAAAAGAAAUUCAUAAUAUUGACAAAAGAUCACAUUGUUAAUUUGUGAGUUAUAUUUUUACACGUUGAAUGUUAAGUACUGUACCUGUAUGUUUUUAGACCAGGUGUACUUCAUUCUGUAUAGACAGGGCUUUACCAGCACACUGAUUUAUAAUUGCCUGUGCUAACUGUCAGUGGAACAAUCACUGGGUUUGAGAUUCAAGUCUAUUGUGUUUCAUCAGCAGCAGCCACUGAAAUCUGUACUAAAUCAAUGUUACAUCCUCAUGUCGUAUUUCAACAUCAGUAGUAACUGAGGUUUGUAUGAUUAGCCCACUUCAGAGACUAUCACAGAUACUGUAUGUUUUCAAAAUUGUGCUUAUUGCCCUAUAUAUUUUCUUAUGUCCUUAAUAUCUGAUGUACGACUUCUUUAACUUCUUUACAUACAUAUUUAACACAGUUUUUGGGAAGAAAAUGUGCUUCUCAUAUUCACACUUUGAAAACACUAAUGAGUAUUGAAAAACUCCCAAAGGUUAUUGUGUAAGCACCUGACUCCACUUUGUUUUCUAACAUUGAUUAAAAGUUUGUGUAAAGUGAAA